AUGGCGCGAAUCCACAGCGGCGGGCGGCGUGGCGGCGGCAGAGGUGGCGGCGGAGGCCGCGGGGGUCGCGGCGGCAGGGGAAGGGGCCCGAGCAAAUGGAAGAUGCCGGCGUCGGUGGCGCGGAAGCAGCAGGCCGUCACGGCCAACGUCGACCAGGUCACCGGCGAGAGGAUCCCCAAGAGCUUCGUCUUCUCGCGCGGCAAGCUCCCCUCCACGCUCCGCCACCUCCAGCAGGACCUGCGCAAGCUCAUGCUCCCCUACACCGCCCUCAAGCUCAAGGAGAAGAAGCGGAACAACCUCAAGGAUUUCGUGAACGUCGCCAGCCCGCUGGGCGUGACGCAUUUCUUGAUCCUCUCCAACCCAAAGAGCUUGCCGCACCUGCGCUUCGCCAAGUCGCCGCAGGGCCCAACCUACACCUGCGAGAUCAAGGAAUACGCUCUCGCGGCCGACAUCGCAAACUCCCAGAAACGGCCGAGGUGUCCCCCAGAGAUAUUCAAGAACUCGCCUCUGGUUGUGCUCAGUGGUUUCAAUGGUCUCGGCGAGCCUUACAAGAGUUUUGUGACCUUCUUUCGGCAUUUGGUCCCUGCUAUUGAUACAGAUACUGUUAAGCUAGCAACCUGUCAAAGAAUAUUGUUGCUACAGUAUGACAAAGAGACAGAGCUUAUCGAUUUCCGGCAUUACUCCAUCAAGCUCCAGCCUAUUGGGGUCAGCCGCAAGAUCAGGAAACUCAUGCAGAACAAUCAAGUGCCAGACCUUAGGGACCUUAAAGAUGUUAGUGAUUUUGUGACAAAAGCUGGAUAUGGAUCAGAAAGUGAACCAGAUGAUGAAGCUGCAACCGUAAGCCUAGUAAGUGACGUAGACAAAUUGAACAAAGCGUCCAGAAAAAGUGCCAUCAGACUCCAGGAGAUUGGGCCAAGAAUGACCAUGCACUUAGUUAAAGUUGAAUCUGGGCUAUGCUCGGGCGACGUCUUGUUCCCUAUGUCUGUUGGAAAAGAAGAUGGGAAGAAGGAAGAAGAGGAGGAAGAAAUAGAAGAUGCUGAGGAUUUGAUGGAGCUGGAGGAUGGUUCAGACGAUGAUUCCGGUGACGAAGAGUAGUGUAGAUGAGCUCAGGAGAUGCUGACC